UUUCGACAAAAAAUCGACUCUGGCAGAGCACUUGGAAUAUAAAAAAUAAUAAUAACCUUGAAACAAACUAAUCGUUUCCGAUGGAUCAACGCGGUUCGCUACGGUUGGCGUUGAUGUUUUGCGUUUACACUGUGAACGUGGAGGCGACGAUCCACCCGGUUUGCAAAGGGCAAACGCCGCAGAAGCAAUACCACUCGUUUUUGAGACAUUUCCACGUGGGAUACGAUAUUGCCGACCCGGAGACCGGUGCAACAGAUCUGGCCAGCACCGUGAAAGAGAUCAAGACCAACACACUGUGCGGCGUUCAAACGAUAUGUCUGUCGAUCAUGCGAAUGACGAGGCCCGCCCACGACGAGAAUGCAAACACUUGGAAGGUUAAGUUUGAGCCGUUUUACGGUGUUCUACGAGACGCCAUGGUGAUACUCUACAACAUCGACAGCGUGUACGACAGCGCGAAAAUCUAUCCACUGUGGCUGGUCUAUUUGUACGUUGAAGACAGUAAGGUGUUUUAUUGGAGAAAAACUACCGCCGAACGAAUGGGCAAAAUACACGAAAUGAUAACCGCACAACUGGCCGCGUCCACGGAAUUGUGUCCGAGAAAAAAUGCAUUCGACGUGACCGACGAAGAGUGCCGGUUCUUUGAAGAGUACAGCGGUAAACAAAAAUACGGUGCUUACGAAUUGGCAAGUUUUGCGAGCCAGAUAAAACAGUAUUUUGACGAAAUUCAUCCGACCCUGAGGGCCGUUACCAAAGAAAACUACAAACAAAUCAAUGUCAGAAACUUGCGCGUCAACACUGAAAGUUUUCUACGGGCUAAGCGUAAUUUUUAUCAAACCAUCAAAGACGGCGGCAUAAACAUAGAAUGGGACCGCGCGAGUACUAAGCUAAGGAAAGCGUACGACGAGGCCAAAGAACCCACGAACCUGUACGACGGGUGUCAAGGCAUAAAGAGUUUUCAAAAAAUUUACUUGACCCUGAUGAAAUUAGUCAUGUUGCGAUUCAUAUGGAUUCACUUGUUGCUGGCCCAUAGAGAUAACAAACCGAACGUGAACUAUACGAUGUACGAGACGGCCAACUCUUUUGCCACCACAAUCGGUUUGAACGACGACGAGGCCUUUGACGAAACCGUCAAACAUUUGCAAAUCGAAAGUCCUUCGCUGGAAGAUUCCCAAACUGCUCUCAAAAAUAUUAGAACACAACUGACGGCACACUGUCAGUUUGUCAACGCCUGCGAAAUAUCGACGAUAAACGAAGAAGACAUUCCGGAGAUCUUCUCCGUUUAUUGGAGUAAAGUGACAACCCAAACGGAUAUAGACAAAAAUCGUCAGUUAGCUGUUAAGUACGUCAAAGAAGUCAAACAUUUCCUGACCGAUGUCGACCAAGAGUUCGUCAAGUCGGUUUUAGCGGUGUCUUAUCCAAUCGAUAAGAAUUUCUGAUUGCCACCAUUUAAUAACAUGUCAUGCAAGCGAGAGAAAAGCUGUUUGAUUAUUUAUUUUUAAUCUAUAUAUAAAAAUAUAUUAAGUUACUGAGCACAAAAGUUUUAAAACCAUUGUUAAUGCACCGCCUAGUAGCUUCAAUAAUAAUACCCUAUGUUAAAAUGAAAUGUAAAACCUACAUAUUAUGCUUUAUAAUUAAUAUACACUUAAAUAU